AUGGCCUCAGACACCGAAAUGAACGAAGCCUCUCCCGUGCCCACCUUGCCGCAACCCAACGACGGUGGCCGCAUGCAUAUGUCAUCCCUGUCAUCCUCUUCAUCCAUAUCCGACGCCGAGACCGAGCGCCGAGGUCGCUCGGAACGUCCGCGCAUGGCGAGUCGCAAGCCCAGCGCAUCCAUACUCGUCCCCCGGGACCAUCCUGAAAUUGAGAUCGAGGAGGAAGAGUUUCCUCCUGACGAUGCUCGUGCGAUGAGCCCUCGACGGAACUCGGCCGAUCUGGAGCGAUUGGGCAAAGAGGCACGCCAGACUCUUCAAGAGCAAGCCAAGGCUCUCCAAUCUUCCCUUUCAGCUCUCGCUGAGCGCAUCGAUGCCGUCAAAUCGGACCACGACAAACUGGAGAACGAGAACAAGAUCCUGCAGGAUUACAUCGGUGGCCUUACCCGCAACAUGACCAAGGCCGAAAUGACCCGCAGUUCCAAGGCACGCAAGGCGCAGAAGUAA